ACGUCAAAAGCUUAGGUAUAUGGACUGAAAGCGCUAGUAUUUAAGCUUGUGUUAAAAUCUAGUCGCUUUGAUUUGCAGAAAUUUUCUUUGUGGAAUGUAUGAAAAAUAAUAUUAAGUGAUAAUUUUUGACAGAACAAUUUGGAAAAAAUUGGAAUCAUAUUGAAAAUUACAUUUUUUUUUUUUAAAUUCAUAACUUGUUUACAUUACUUUGUUUUCACCCUCUCUACAUGCGUAGUUAAAUUCUUGAUCUUCUGUCAAAAUAACUGUGUGCAGUGCGUCUUAUUUGAAUAAUAUAAACAAAGUAGAGUUUUAACUAAAGAAAAGGAUUUCUUCAGAAGCAUUUGAAUAUCACGUAGGUAUGAAUGAUACAGCUAGAGGUCUUCUUCGUACAUUAGACAUAUGCACGGAUGGCUCAGUAUUAUCAGGUGAAUCUGGUGAUGACAAUACAAGGCCCAUAGAUUUGGUAACUCCUGUAAAUGACGACGACGACGAUGAUGACUAUGCUGAAGCAUCUAAAACUAUUAUGCAUCAUACCCUUGAAAAUGGAAUGGCUAAUGAGAUAUCUGCACCUUAUGAAUUACCUCACUUUCCUAUAGAAGUCCAUGAGUGUAGAAAGGCUCUCCAGAAAAAACUCUGUCCAAGAGUACAAAAAGAAUUGGAAGAGAAGAAAAGUAUUUUGGGAACAGAACCAGAUGAAGAUAUCUUAUCCCAGAUAAAUGAAUUUGAUUAUGUUCCUCAUUAUCAGAGAGUUGCUGUCAGUGGUGAAGAUACUUCAGGGGUUCCUUUGGAGGAUUUGCGUCAGGCUGGCCGUUUAAUCCAACAGGCUUUGAAACUGAGGCAACAAUAUAUGCAUUAUUCUAAACAAUCAUUCCCAACAGUUACCAGUCGAUUCUUAAAAACUCAUGUUACAGAACAGAUUUCUACACCUGUUGACUCUCCCUAUGAUAUUAAUUUUGAUGAAACUGAUCCGUGGAAGAAGGAUUAUCCAGAAGAUCUUAAAUAUAUUUUAAAUAUGGAAGAAGGUGUUGUUCAAGUAUACAGAACAAAGGAAGACCUUGAAGAUGGUCGUCGCUUGGAUUACCCAUUCCCAUCAUUAUCUACAUUUAUUACAGAUAUGCACCUUGUAUGUGCUAUGAUAACAGAUGGACCACUAAAGUCUUUCUGCUACAGACGCCUUAGCUACUUAUAUUUGAAAUAUCAGCUGCAUGUUUUGCUCAAUGAAAUGACAGAGCUUGCAGCACAGAAGGCUGUUCCUCAUAGAGACUUUUACAAUAUCAGGAAAGUUGAUACUCACGUUCAUGCAGCUUCAUGCAUGAAUCAGAAGCAUCUAUUGCGUUUCAUUAAAAGAACAAUGAAGAAAUAUCCCCAUGAAGUUGUUUGUGAAUCAAAAGGAAAAAAGUUAACAUUGCAAGAGUUGAUGAAGUCAGGUUCAAUGGUGACAGAGUCUGCGAUUGAAGUUUUUGAUACUUUAAAUCUGACUGCUUAUGACUUAAGUGUUGAUGUUUUGGAUGUCCAUGCUGACAGAAACACAUUUCAUCGAUUUGAUAAGUUCAAUGCCAAAUAUAAUCCUAUUGGAGAAAGCAGACUUCGUGAAAUAUUUUUGAAAACUGAUAACUAUGUUGAAGGAAAGUAUUUUGCACAUAUUUUAAAGGAAGUUAUGAGUGAUUUGGAAGAGAGCAAGUACCAAAAUGCAGAGCUGCGCUUAUCCAUCUAUGGCCGCAAGAGAGAUGAAUGGGAUCGCCUAGCACAGUGGGCUGUCAAGCACAAUGUGUUUUCCCAUAACAAUAGAUGGGUUAUUCAGAUUCCUCGUUUGUAUGAUAUUUACAAAUCAAAUAAUCUGGUAACUAACUUCCAAGAAAUAUUGGAAAAUAUUUUUCUUCCACUGUUUGAAGCUACUAAUAACCCUAGUAGUCAUCCAGAGUUGUAUAUGUUCCUGAAAUAUGUGACCGGAUUUGAUUCAGUUGAUGAUGAAUCAAAGCCAGAAAAUCCAAUGUUUGACAAAGAUGUGACUCUUCCAUCUGCAUGGAAAGAAGAUGAAAAUCCCCCUUACAACUACUAUUUGUACUAUAUGUAUGCAAACAUGUGUGUUCUCAACUGUUUCCGAAAAGAACGAAAAAUGAAUACAUUUGUAUUAAGACCCCACUGUGGAGAAGCUGGACCUGUCCAGCAUUUAGUAGGAGGUUUCCUGUUGAGUGAAAAUAUUUCACAUGGACUCCUGCUCAGAAAGGUUCCAGUUCUUCAAUAUCUGUAUUAUCUUUCUCAAAUUGGUAUAGCUAUGUCUCCACUAAGUAAUAACUCAUUGUUUCUAAAUUAUCAUCGCAAUCCACUCCCUGAAUACCUCAGCAGAGGAUUGUGUAUAUCAUUAUCAACCGAUGAUCCACUUCAAUUCCAUUUCACUAAAGAACCUCUGAUGGAGGAAUACAGCAUUGCUGCACAAGUGUGGAAAUUAAGUAGCUGUGAUAUGUGUGAACUUGCAAGAAACAGUGUCAUCAUGAGUGGAUUUCCGAUAUCGGUGAAGAAGCAUUGGCUUGGUCCAAACUGCAUGAAGGAAGGAAUUGCAGGAAAUGAUAUUACUCGCACAAAUGUUCCAGACAUCCGAGUAGCUUACAGAGCAGAAACAUUAUUAGAAGAGCUUUCAACAAUCUUCAGUGCAUUGAGUGGUAGUGAAACUUCAUCAACUCCUGUGACACCAGUGAAAUGAAAUUAUGUGUGAAAUUAUGAAGUGACAUUAUUUUUGUUGAUCUCGUGCUCUAGAUUCCUUAAUAUAUUUGUAUGCAUGGAAUUUUCGGAGAAAAAUUAGCUUAAAUAUAUACGAAUUUCAUCCAAUAAACAAUUCAUUUAGUAAUUUAUAUACUCAUAUAAUUUAAAUGUUUAAUUUUGAUUGAAAUUAAAAAUUUAUUUCAUUAGCUGAAUUAUAUCUAUGUAGCCAGCAUUUUCUUUGAUUAAUCAAUCUAUAAUGGAAUCAUUUUUAAAAUAGAUUAUAGAAUAUUGUAAAAGCUAAUUUUCAAAAGUGCCAAUCUUCCAU